UGUGUUCCGCGGCUGUGCUGGAUGACAGCUAUCCGGCGCCGAAACACACCGAGAGACUCUCAGACGACAGAGAGCCAUGGCGGCCACGGGUGGAGGGAAAAUCAGAAGCAGGAGAUAUCACAUCGCCUCCAAACCUUACGCCAAGAGCAAACAGCAGCAGUCAGGCCUCAUCAGUCGAGUGACAGACACAGUAAAGAGCAUCGUUCCUUCCUGGCUGCAGAAAUACUUCAAGAACGAAGAUUCUCCUGAAGGUGGAGGGGCUGUACUGGCAGACCAGACAGACCAGAACUGCCAGACACCACCUCCUCCUAAUGGCAGUGAAGAGGGACCUCUUCCUCUUGAUGGACGCGACUCACCAGAGCCAAGCACCAGUAACACAGAGCCCUCAACCAGCCGGGCAUCCUUAAACUUUCAGGAGUAUGUGCUUUCUCGACCUCCUCUGAGUCGUUCCCACCUCCACUUUUCCCCGCUGGAUGUCUCCUCCCCGACCCUGGGGGCCACCAGCAGCCUCUUCUCCCAACCCUCCACCUCCGCAGCCCCUGGACCAUUUUCCACAGGCUUUUCCUUGGUCAAAGAAAUCAAGGACAACCUCUCGCAGCACGAAGAUGAUAACAUCUCCACCACUAGCGGCUUCUCCUCCCGCGCCUCAGAAAAAGAUGUCCCCACUUCCAAAACAGCGUCACUUCCCCAACUUUGGUCCCCAGAGAUGGAAAGAACACACUCUGGGCCUCAGCAUGCCCAGUCCAGUCUGAAAAGGCCUUCUUUCAACCUGUCUGUAUUUGGAACUUCCUCCAAUUCAUCAUUAAACAGCACAGUGCUAAACUCCAGCCAGCUCGGAGAUUCACCCUUCUACCCCGGGAAGACCAUGUAUGGUGGGGCAGCUGCAGUCAGGAGCGCUCGUGGUCGUCCUGGGACACCGUACCAGGCCCCAGUGAGGAGACAGAUCAAGGCCAAGCCUGCUGGUGCUCAGCCCUGUGGGGUGACCAGCGCCACAGCCAGACGCAUCCUUCAGUCAUUGGAGCGCAUGUCGAGCCCCCUGGCUGAUGCCAGGAGAAUCCCAGCAGCAGCCACAUCCCCCCUGUCAGCAUCAAUGGAUGGCACAAAUCUAGAUGUUUCACAUUUCCAGUCGAAAAAGAAACGUAUGGAUUCCACCCUCCCACCGGUGCAGAAGCUGGUGGUUCCUGCUGCAGCGUCGGUGUCAGGAAACCGCUCGGUGUCCUUCAGGCCUACAUUGACUCCUGGAGGAGUGAGCCGAACUCUGGACAGGACCCCAAGAGAGACGCCCACAAGACAAUCACUGCAACUACCUGAAGCAACCCCAGGUCCAUCUCAAAGCACAAUGGGUUCUAGUGUCCCAGCCUAUCCUCUGUCCAGCACGCCUGCAGCCAGCAGCGUGAGCUCCGGAGGAGGUAAGAUGAAGAGAGAGAGGACCAGUACACGGCCUUCUUCUAAACGCGCUGAAGAUGAAGAGGUGGCGGAGGUACCGGACCUACCAGACAUUUCACUUCCCAUCAGCGCCUCCGCCUUGCCAUCCUUCAGCUUCUCCUCCCCUCUUCCACCUCUCAACACCUCAACCACCAUCAGCACGGCCCCCACUCUCACGCCCGCGACUCCCGCUAUGGAAACAAAUAAGGAGCCACCGACGGCUUCGACACCUCCCUGUGUACCUUUUACAUUUUCCUCCCCUAUUGUCAAAGCAACUGCUGCUAGUCCUCCUUCCUUUUCCCCAUUAGCUGGAUUCACUUUUAGUGCACCUGUAGCAAAGUUAGGUCCCUCCAUGUUAAAUGGGAAGCUGGCUUCUCCCAUACUGACAGCAGUGAAGUCAGCAACAAGCAAAAGCACAGAAGAUUUUGAAGGACCUUUCAAACCAGCCAAGACCCUGAAGCAGGGCAGUGUGCUGGAUCUUCUCAAAGCACCUGGCUUUGCCUCUCCUGUUGCUCGGAGUUCCCCAGGCCCAGACAUCGUUCCACUGCAGACCUCCACCCAAUCCACAGCCCCCUCCUCCACCACCACCACCACAACCACCUCCUCCUUCUCUUCAACAGGGUUUGGCAAUGUGUUCAAAGCCCCACCAGGCUGGAGCUGCGAAGUCUGCUUAGUGCAGAACAAGCCAUCAGACACUAAGUGUGUUUGCUGUAUGGCCCCACAGCCCAAUUCCUCCUCAUCCAAAUCUAUGGACAGUAAACCUUCAACGGCCACCUCGGUUGGGCUAGAGAGCAGCAGCACGAACACCACCUCCACCACUACAUCCACUGCAGGUUUUGGCACAAUGUUCUCCAAACCUGCAGGAACUUGGGACUGUGAUACGUGUCUUGUUCGAAACAAACCUGAUGCAGUAAAGUGUGUGGCCUGCGAAACGGCCAAACCUGGGACAGGGCUUAAACCCUCACUGACUCUUCCUUCUGCCUUCUCAGCUGUUAAGACUGUAUCCACACCCACAGCUCCCGUUUCUACAGGGUUCAUCGGAUUUGGAGACAAGUUCAAAAAACCUGCGGGUGCAUGGGAAUGUGAUACAUGUUUAGUAGAAAACAAGGCAGAGGACACAAAGUGUGUGGCCUGCUUGAGCGCUAAACCAGGAGCGUCAGCAGGAGCCUCUUCUUCAGCCAGCAAUGCUCCAGUGUUUGGGUUGGGAGAUGCGUUCAAGAAACCAGAGGGUGCCUGGGAGUGUGAUGUCUGUCUUGUACAGAAUAAGGCUGCUGAUUUACAGUGUGUUGCCUGUCAGGCAACCAAACCUGGCGCUAGCGUGGAGCCCAAAGCUUUUGGUUCGUCUUUUGGUUCAUCAGCUGGUGGGACUUCAGGCUCUAGUUCUGGAGGUUUUAAGUUUGGAACAUCAGACAGUACCUCGGGAUCGGGAGGUUUCAAGUUUGGAGGCUCACUUACAGAGUCCUCCUCUUCAUCGUCAGGUGGAUUCAAAUUUGGAGUCCCAUUUGGAAGCUCCUCAGCAGAAACCACUUCUAAAGACACUACUGCCUCAUCAGGGUUCAAAUUCGGCAGCUCAUCUGAGGGCUUUAAAAUUGGGGCUGCCUCUAGUGAUGACACAAAGUCAGACCAACCUGCUGCAGGUUCUGGGUUUAAGUUUGGAGCCAGCGGUGGGAUAACGUUUGGAACUGGAUCAUCUAGCACAGAAAGUAGCUCCUCUAAGGGCGGCUUCAGCUUUGGACUGUCAAAACCCGAAGAGAAAACAUCAGACACCACCACCACCACCACCUCCUCCUCAUCCUCUGUUAGUUUCACUCCUCCGGCUUCCUCUCAAGAGAAAAGUGACAGUGCUGCAUUAUCGAAUGACACCACGUCCACAACCACCACAGCAACUACCACCACUGGGUCUGUAUUUGGGAGAUUGGGCGAGCGAAGUUUGGCGACCACCACACCACAAGGAGGCUCUACGUUUGGAUCCUUACAGGCAGACAAAGAGCCAGCUGCUCCCGCGUUUUCCUUUGGGAAGCCAGAGGAAAAGGAAGAAUCCGCUGCCUCCUCGGCUCCGUCUUCCUUCCUCUUUGGUGCUGCUAAUAAAGAUGCAGAUGCUGCAACAGCACCGGCCACCUCAGGAGGCUUUUCCUUCAGCAAGCCCAGUGCUCCAACAGAACAACCUCCACCCGCUUACAAUUUUGGCAAGCCAGCAGACAAGAGUGAAACAUCUACUGUGGAGGCACCAAAGCCCGCUUUUUCCUUUGGACAAAGUGCUGCAGAUUCUUCCGCUGCUCCAAAACCAGCGUUUUCCUUUAUGGCAAGUAAUCCCACCACCGUCAACUCCACCACCUCGUCAUCCACCACCCCGACGCCCAGUCUGUUCGGCACUACCACCCCCACCAGCAGCAGCAGCAUCAGCAUCAGCUCCACUCAGGCUCCUUCUGCAGCUCCUAGCACUUUCAUGUUCGGUCAACCUGCUGCAACCUCUAGUGACGCUCCUCCGGCUAACGCCUUCGUCUUCGGCCAGAGUCAGGACAGCCAGCCGCCGGCCCAGUCAGCUGCUCCUCUGAACUCUACUCCUACUCCAACCCCAUCUCAGCCCUUCAUCUUUGGUGCUCCUGCCAGUGCUGCUCCUCCUCCUGCUGCAGCUACUGCUCCAUCCUUCGGCUUUGGAGCAGCAGCACCCUCUGCUGCCUCAUCUUCAGCUCCAUCUGCAGCUCCCUCUCCAUUUGCAUUCAACUCGGCCCCCUCCGGUGGAUUCGGGGCCAACCAGACUUCUUCAUUUGGUUCAUCCUUUGGAUCCCCCUUCACAGCCACACCUUCCCAGCCCCCAGCAUUCGGAGCCAAAACCAACGCUGCCCCUGUCUUUGGACAGCAGACCAACUCCACACCUGUAUUUGGGGCGGCUGUUAAUUCUGCAUCAGGUGGAGGCUUUCAGUUUGGAGGAGCCAGUGCAUUUGGAGCCACAAACAACGCCUCUGGAGGAGUGUUUACUUUUGGAGCGGGAUCAGCAGCUUCCCCUGCGCCCCCUGCCAACCCCUCCAUCGCACCCCAGCCAGGAACACCUGGAGGUGGAUUCAACUUUGCACAACCCCCCGCAUUCAAUAUUGGGUCAGCGAAAACCUUCACCGCCCCUCCUGCUGGGCAGCAAGCGAUUGCUGGGCGCAAGAUCAAGACAGCGGUGCGGCGCAGAAAGUAGAGCCCUGUGGACUCGACCAUAAAGUAGACUUGACUUUGACUUGACUGUAUCCCCGCUGAAGGCUGAAUAAAGUCCUGGAAGGUCUCAGCUAGAAAAAUAAACACUGAAAUUACUUGGCAUGUGUAGAAGGGCCGAGGCUUGGGGCCACUUUGUGCUCGAGCUGGACGGGUGCCCGUGUUAGCUGUAGGCUGGGCUGAUUAUUCAGAGGUUUUCACAUGUAGACCAGAGGUGUUAAUAUGUGAGACUAAUCCCACAGGACUUCACAUGAAACAAACUGCUGACUGAACAAUGACACUGACUUAGAAAACAACAAUCAAGCAAAGACCCCUGCUCAACAUGAUGAAACAACCAAGACCGUAAUAUCUAUAUUUUCAACACUGGCAAAUGUCUG